UUUUCUUCCUCCUCCUUCCCUUCAUCUGAAUCUGCAUUUGCAUCUGCAUCUCUAUCUUCUCAUCACUCAUCUUCUUUCAAUUCUCAAUACCCACAACCGAGAUCUUUCUCACAUAUCCUUAUCUUCAUCCUUAAAAUAGGGUUUGAAUUGUUGGAUAUUCACAUUGUUAGAUGAGAAGGAAAAAAGAUGGAGAUUGAAAUGCACGUGUUGUCAGAAAGAGGAGAAUCUGUUAAUUCUCUCUGCAUAUAUAGCUAGAUUUAAGCUUCAUGAACAGGAGGAGGGCAUAAAGCUUUUAUCUUUUUUUUGAUUCAAUGGCAACCAAAAUCAAAAAGAUUUAUAAGGGCAUUAAGUAUAUAACCCAAAUAUUUGUUGUGAAGGAGGAACAAGAGAUUGAAAUUGGGCUUCCAACUGAUGUCAAACAUAUUGCACAUAUUGGAUGGGAUGGAGCAUCUGGCAAUCAACCUACUUGGAUGAACGAAUUCAAGGCAAAGCCCAACAAGGUUCCUGCAACUACAAAUGUCAAGGUCAAGGCAAAGCCCAACAAGGUUCCUGCAACUACAAAUGUCAAGGUCAAUAUCGAAGAAACAAAAUCCCCCAACUCUCCAAUCUUAACAUGGUCAUCUCAAGAUUUUGAAUCGAUGGACAAUCAACCAGUAACAGAAAUGUUCGAUGUCACGCCAAAUAUGGACAUACCAAAGAAGAAAAAGAAGAAGAGAAAGAAGUCGACAUCAAUUUCCUCCACAAACUCAACAACAAGACGGGUAGCUAUAAAAUCCAAGACUAAGCUCGUUAUCGAGGGAAAUGCAAGACCAGACAGCAUACAAGUUAUAUAAGGUCUAACCAACCUUAAAAAAACUCUCAAAUUUUAAGGUUUCUCCACUUUUAUUUUAUGUACUAAUUACUUUCUAAUGGAUGAAACUGGCCUUGGUUGAUUUAUCUCUAAAGGCUUUGUUCUAUAGUGUGUUUGUCUUAUACUAUGAAAAGUUUAUGUAGAAUUUUCGGAUUUGUUUGUUUGGUUCCGCGUUA